AUGAAUGAAGAAGCCCUGGCUUGUUCAAUGGUUCGCAGUCAAUUCGGCGAGGCAACAGCUGAAACUCUACGGAUACUGCUUGCAUCACCAGGCUCUUCAUUUGCUCAGAUUAUUGCAAAGGCGACCCCGCUUAUCGAGACCCUCGCAAAUGCAGACACAAAAACCUCCGGUCCUCAAACAUGCCACGCUCUAAUCCGAGACAGUUUGGCCGUGCUUCUUCAACAUGGCAUAGCGUAUGCCGUCGAGCGCUUUAACGGCCCAAAGGAGGAAGCAAGUACUAACGGAGAUCGCUCUGAAAAAGAAGACCAAAUCGAUGUAGAACGCCACAGAAAACGGUCUCGAACCCUAACGCAUUCUGCAUAUUACGCGCGAGGAGAGUAUGCCUUGUUCCGUUCAAGGCUUCCUCUGUAUCUAGGCUUCGCUCGCCGACGGUACGGGGACGUUGGAGAGACCGCUGUUCGUGCUUUCUUUGAAAGAGGGCGACUAACUUCUCAUCAACUCUUUUCGUCUGUCCUAACAUCCGUGUUGAUCGACUUGGACAUCACGGAGAGUGACGCCGAAGCCUGUCUCAACGAUAUGGCCAAGUCUGGUAUAAUGCGCUGGCAUGGACGGCGCGAUAUGAACGGGCCAUUAAACGGCAAUUCUCCAGAAGCUGACGAAUCGAGUAGAAAUGACUACAUCUCAAAUCAAAAAGAUAUGAACGGAAAACGAUCGCGGCCCUCUGAGUCUGAUGAUGAGUCUGAUGACGAUGAACCCAUGCUCCAAGGUUCAGGAAGUCAAUCAGGAGCUGAGGAAAGGGAAUGCAUCAGGAUUGGCAGAUGUCAUCACAGCAUUGUAGUUGGCGCCCCAUCAAGGAAAAAUGACAUGGACGUGUGGAAUAUUUGCUUUUGGCAUCUCAACAGAGAAUUCCGAAAUGAAUGUUGCGCCAUUGUUGUCCAGGGCCGAGUCCAAAAUCACGUCGCUGUUGGCAUUUUGAGAGCGGGUUUGCGCAUGGCACUUGAAGAAGAAGAUUGCCAAGCUCCUUCCGAUGACUUCGAAACUGCAGAAAUUGAAGUCGCAACGAUUGAAGAGCAAUUAAAAGAGGAUGGCGCUGUGGGGAAUCACGAUUUUUGGGAAGCUCUACAAUUGUUGAUGGAGCAAACCCCGACGUUUGUGGUGGGCAUUCCAGAGAAAUCUCCGACUUCACUGCGCUUUAUAACCGGUAGACUUGUUUCUGAUGCACGGCAAAAGACCCUUGAGGACCUCAUUCUUAGCCGAUAUGGAGCAGUAGGAAGACGGGUCUUCCGUGCGCUCGCUGUUGAUGGAGGCAUGGAAGAUAAGGCAGUUGCGGAGAAGUGCAUGUUGCCGUUGAAGGUGGCGCGAGAGCAUCUUUUCCGAAUGUAUCAGGAUCGUAUAUUGGUCAUGCAGGAGGUACCCCGCUCUCACGACCAACAGCGGGCGAGCAAUUGGUACUAUCUCUGGAAAGUGAACGCAAUGGGUGUGUAUCGAAGCAUGACGGCAUUAAUGUAUAAGACGGUAUUGAACCUGUUCCUUCGUCUGGAAAGCCUAGAAGCAACAAAGUCGACUGCACGUGGUGCCGACCAAAAGCAACUUCGGCUUCAGAAAGAACUCCUUAUGGGCAGCAUUGUGCGGAUGGACCAAUGCAUCAUGGUGAUGCGCGACUUUGGACCUAUUACUGCGCAGUACUUACCAGCGCGGUAUAGAAUAAUAGAUGGCCCUCUCGCAAAGCCCAAGAAGAGAAGAGGGUAGAGUCACGAAUUCACAGUCGUAGUCACACACAACGUCAU